AGUUCCUUUUCACUUCCGGGGUUGCUCUAGAUCCGCUGGUUCCGUAACAACAUCCCGUUGGCUUCCCUCAGGCGGCGGGACCUGUGUAGCCGCCUCCCCCGGAGCGCCUGUCCGCCUGGGCUCGCGCGCUCCCCGGCUCGGGCCGCCAUGGCCACCAACCCGCAGCCGCAGCCUCCGCCGCCCGCGCCUCCGCCACCGCCACCGCAGCCACAGCCUCCGCCGCCGCCGCCGGGCCCUGGAUCUGGCCCCGGAGCGAGCGGGCCGGGAGGCGCGGGUGCUGGCUCUGGAGACCCGCAGCUCGUUGCCAUGAUCGUAAACCACCUCAAGAGCCAGGGGCUCUUCGACCAGUUCCGCAGGGACUGCCUAGCGGAUGUGGACACCAAGCCUGCCUAUCAGAAUCUGAGGCAGAGAGUUGACAACUUCGUUGCAAACCACUUGGCAACUCAUACAUGGAGUCCACACCUCAACAAGAACCAACUGAGAAAUAAUAUCCGACAGCAAGUUCUGAAAUCAGGAAUGCUGGAGUCUGGUAUUGACCGAAUUAUUUCUCAGGUUGUGGAUCCAAAGAUCAACCACACAUUCAGGCCUCAGGUAGAAAAAGCUGUGCAUGAGUUUCUGGCCACACUGAAUCACAAAGAAGAAGCAGCUGGCAGCACAGCUCCUGAUGAUGAGAAGCCAGAGUCUUCUCUCAUUACCCAAGGUGCUCCUGCUCCUGGGCCCAGUGCUACUGUAGCCAGUGAUGCCAUGUCAAUCUUGGAAACCAUAACUUCUCUUAACCAAGAAGCCAAUGCUGCCAGAGCUUCAACAGAAAUGUCAAAUGCCAAGGCCAGUGAGAGAAUGUCCAGGAAACUCUCAUCUCAGCCAAGCACUGACAUUAGCACAGAGAAGGAGAAAGGCUCAGAGGAUGGGUCUGAGAAAGAAAAGGCUACCCCUGAUUCUGGAGGAGAUGGGCUAGAAACUGUUCCCAAGUCAGAAGAACCUAGUGAUCUCCCUUGUCCAGUGGAAGAAACGAAAAAUCAUAUGAAAGAGAACAAUAGCUUACUGUUACUAAGCAAGGAUGCUCAGCAAGAAAACAGUGACCCAAAAAUUAAAUCAAUGGACAAAGGAGAAAAGAAGCCCGAUGGUAAUGAGAAAGGAGAAAGAAAAAAAGAAAAGAAGGAAAAGACUGAAAAAAAAAUUGAUCACUCUAAAAGGAGUGAAGAUACACAGAAAACAAAAGAUGAGAGACAAGCAAAGGACAAAGAAAUGGAAAGCACAAAGCUUCCUUCUGAAAAGAGCAACAGCAGAUCCAGGGCUGUCGAGGGGACAAAGGAAGAUUGUUCUUUGGUAGAUUCUGAUGUGGAUGGUCUCACUGAUAUCACAGUUAGUUCUGUCCACACCAGUGACCUUUCAUCUUUUGAAGAAGACACAGAAGAGGAAGUUGUCAUGUCUGAGAGCAUGGAAGAAGGAGAGAUUACAUCAGAGGAUGAAGAGAAAAACAAGCAGAAUAAAACAAAAGUUCAAGCUAGUGAUUCUGGUGAUGGAAAAGCCAGAAGUGUACGGCAUGCUUAUGUUCACAAACCUUAUCUUUACUCAAAGUACUACAGUGAUUCUGAUGACGAACUCACAGUGGAGCAAAGGCGGCAGUCCAUUGCCAAAGAAAAAGAAGAGAGACUUUUAAGAAGACGAAUCAAUAGAGAAAAACUUGAAGAAAAACGAAAACAGAAAGCAGAAAAGACAAAGUCUUCUAAAGUGAAGAGCCAAGGCAAAAGUAGUGUGGACCUAGACGACUCAUCAACCAAGACUUUGGAACCCAAAGCCCCAAGAAUUAAAGAAGUACUUAAAGAACGUAAAGUUUUAGAGAAGAAAGUAGCCUUAAGCAAAAGAAGAAAAAAAGAUUCAAGGAAUGUUGAUGAAAAUUCCAAAAAGAAACCUCAGGCUGAGGAAGAAUCCAAAGAAGCCCUCAAAACAAGUGAGCACUGUGAAAAAGAAAAGGCCCCCUCCAAGGACCUGAAGCACAUUCAUGGAAAAGGUGAAUCAAGUAGGCCUGCCAGGAGGCUUUCAGAGUCUCUGCAUUCUGCUGAUGAAAACAAGACUGAAUCAAAAGUAGAAAGAGAAUAUAAGCGACGGACAUCCACCCCUGUUGUAUUGGAAGGAGCUCAGGAAGAAACAGAUACUAGAGAUGGAAGAAAGCAACCAGAACGCUCAGAAAUUAAUGUGGAAGAAACCCAGAAGCAGAAAAGCACCCUUAAAAAUGAAAAGUAUCAAAAGAAAGAUGAUCCUGAAACACACAGGAAAGGCCUACCUAAAAAAGAGGCAAAGUCUGCCAAGGAGAGACCUGAGAAAGAGAAAGCUCAAUCAGAAGAAAAAUCAUCGUCAAAACACAAACACAAAGGUGACAGUGUGCAUAAAAUGGGUGACGAGACUGAACUUCACUCUUCUGAGAAGAGUGAAACAGAGGAAAGUGUUCGGAAGCAAAGCCAACAAACAAAACUUUCUUCAGAUGAUAAAACUGAACGUAAGAGUAAACACAGGAAUGAAAGGAAAUUGUCAGUAUUGGGUAGAGAUGGGAAGCCAGUUUCUGAAUACACUAUCAAAACAGAUGAGCACACACGUAAAGAUAACAGAAAGGAGAAGCACCUGUCAUCUGAAAAAAACAAGGCCGAGCACAAAUCAAGAAGGUCAAGUGACUCUAAACUUCAGAAAGAUGUUCUAAGCUCCAAACAACACAAUGUUACCUUGCAGAAAAGAAGCGAGAGCUGUUCCGAAGAUAAGUGUGAGACAGACCCCACUAAUGCCGACAGCGUAAAGCCAGAAGAGCUUCUUCAUAAAGAGAGGCGACGAACAAAGAGCUUGUUGGAAGAGAAGCUUGUGUUAAAGUCUAAAUCAAAGGGUCAAGGCAAACAAAUUAAAGCUGCUGAAACAGAAUCACAGGAAUGUGCCACAAAACAGAUGACAACUCCAAAGCCUGAUAAGGAAAAGAACACAGAAGACAAUGAUACAGAAAGGCAGCGCAAGUCCAAAGUUGAAGACAGAACUUCUGAAGAACCUGUCAUUGAAACUGCAUUAGAGAAUGCUGUACCUUCAGCACAUAGUGCACAGAAGGACUCUGGGCACAGGGCUAAGUUAGCAUCAACUAAAGAGAAGCAUAAGACAGAUAAAGACUCAACCUCCUCUAAACUUGAGAGGAAGGUCUCAGAUGGACACAGAAGCAGAAGCUUAAAGCACAGUAAUAAAGAUGUGAAAAAGAAAGAAGAAAAUAAGCCAGAUGACAAGAAUGCUAAAGAAGUUGACAGCAGUAAUGAAAAAGGCAGAGGGAAUGGCCCAGUUACAGAAAAAAAAUUAAGUAGAAGGCUGUGUGAAAACCGAAGAGGAAGCACGUCACAGGAAAUGGCCAAGGAAGAUAAGUUAGCAGCAAACAUGCCAGGCACUGCUAGUAGUUCUUCUCUGCAGAGACCAAAAAAAAGCACAGAAACCACAUCAAUCCCUGAACAAGAGCCAAUGGAAAUUGAUUCUGAGGCAGCUGUUGAAAAUGUGUCUGAACUUUCUAAAACUGAGGACAUCAGUAGUAAUAGUUCUCAGCAAGACACUGACUUUGAAAAUGUUACAAAACAUAAAGCCACUGCUGGAGUUUUAAAGGAUGAGUUAAGAACUUCCAUGAUAGAUUCAAAACCAGCAGCAGCUGUGACUUGUAAAUCAGGGCGUGGACUAGCAGUAAUGAGCAAUUCUGAAAAGCAUGCUGACCAUAAAAGUACCUUGACCAAGAAAGUGCAUAGCCAAAGUAGUACAUCAAAAACAACUCCUAGGGAGAGAGAGCCAGUGCAGCGAGGAGCCCAUGAAGGAAGUGUAGUCUCUGAAGUGAGUCGGAAGGUGCUUUUUAGGGCCCUAUCAGAAAACGAGAGGGGACAGAAGAAUUUGAAAGGCAUGUCUAAAACCACUGAAGAAUGUGGCACUCACAGAAAUGCUUCUCUUGAAUACUCUACAGACUCAGACCUUUUGUCAUCCUCAGGCUCUGUGACUGUUGUUCCUCAGAAAGAAUCUCACGAUUCAAAUACAAUUCCUGUAGUUGACACAGAGGCCAUUUCAGAAGGUGGUGGAGCUAGUACCUCCCUUGUAAAUCAUUCUGAUAUCCCUAACCAAAAUUUGACUGUUAAGAAGUCAGAAGUCCAUAAGACAAAUGGCAGCAAAGAAGGUAAUGAUGGCUUCACAGUAGAUAUGCCAACAAAAGCAAGUGGCAGUAGCAAAAGGCACCUUUCUGAAGAUAGCCAGGCCACGUCGUUACAUAGUAAAGAAGGCAAAAUAAGUAUACCUCUUGCUGGCAAGUCAACUGAAGUGAUUGGGGAAAAUAAGAACAUUAGCAAACAAAGGAGCCUGAUAGGCACAGCUAAGAAAGAGAGUGAUCUGAACGUAGAUCCUGAUGGAAAGCAAGACAGUGCAGCAGGCGAGCAUGUCGUAGACCUGAGUACAAGAAAGGAGGCUGAAACAAUGAGACGUAAGCAUAAUAAAGAUCCAGAUGAAAGUAAAAAAAUACCAACUGAUGUUGAACGGAAGACUGAAAACAGUGAAGUAGAUACCAGUGCUAGGCGUGAUUCUGCCCCUGUGCCGCAGCAAAGGCAUGGGAAAAUGGAGAAGGGGACAGCUGGAUCUGGCAGACGAGACAAAGCUUUUAUUUCUACUAGUACUGAAGGGACAGACAAAGGAAUCAUGUUAAACACAGUCAAGGCUGGAGAUGCCACCACUACUUCAUCAGAAACGGGAGAGAAGGGGAUGGCCUUACCUUGCACCAGUAUUGAGGCAGAUGAAGGCUUCAUGAUGGGUACAUGCCCUAGAAACCAUCCCCUCCAGGUUGGGGCAGAAGCCAAUGAAUGCACUGUUUUUGCUGCAGCUGAAGAGGGUAAGGGUGUUGUCACAGAAGGAUUUGCUGAAAGUGAGAUUUUGCUUACAAGCUCCAAGGAAGGAGAAAGUGGAGAAUGUGCUGUGGCCGAGUCAGAAGACAGAAUAGCAGGUCCCUUGGCUGCUCAUACAGAUCAAGCUGAAGCCAAUGUGAACAGUAUUACAACAGAGGAAAAAGAUGAUGCAGUAACCAGUGCAGGCUCUGAGGAAAAGUGUGGCGGUUCUUCCUGUGCAGUCGAGGGGACAGCUGCUUUUAUUGGUGAAGUAGAAAGUGAUGGAGCCGUUACGAGUGCUGGAACAGAAAUAACAGCAGGAUCUGUGAGCAGUGAAGAUGUUGAUGGGUCCCAAGAAAAUAGGAUACAAGUUGGUCCUAAGAAAGAAACAGAAGGUACUGUGACAUGUACUGAAGCCAAAGGAAGAAAUGAUAACUUCAUUUGCUUGGUAACUGGAGUAGGAGCCCAAGACCAACAUGUAGUUACAGGUGCAGAUGUGGUCCAAGUAAAUGAUGAUAAACUCCAAGAGGCAAGUGCCAACCAGGAAGGAGAUGGUUCUGGAACUGAUGGUACAGAAGGUGAGAGUGCAGUCACCAGCACAGGCAUUACAGAAGAAGAUGGGGAAGCAUCAGCAAAUUGCACAGGCUCAGAAGACAAUAGGGAAGGCUGUGCCAUAAGUUCUGAAACAGAAGAAAAUGCAGAGAGUGCCAUGGACAGCACAGAAGCCAAAGACAUUACUAAUGCACCUUUGGUGGGUGCUGGUCCCUGUGAUGAUGAAGGCAUUGUGACCAGCACAGGUGCAAAAGAAGAGGAUGAUGAGGACGAGGGUGUCGUGACUAGUACUGGAAGAGGAAACGAAACUGGGCAUGCUUCAGCUUGCACAGGGAUAGAAGAAAGUGAAGGAAUGUUGGUUUGUGAGAGUGGAGAGGGGGGUGGUCCAAUUGGCCCUACGAUGGACCAUGUGGAUGCUGAGGCUGGGGCAGCAACUAUGAAUACAAAUGACAGUAGUGUUGAUAGUAUGAGUGGUGCAGAGAAGAAAAUCAAAGACACCGACAUCUGCUCCAGUGCCAAAGGAAUUGUGGAAAGCAGCGUAACCAGUGCCUUUUCAGGAAACAAUGACAGGCCACCAGCUCUAGGUGGGAGUGAGGGUCCUAUGGCUAGUGCAACUUUUCACCACAAUGAUAGUCAGCUUACCAGGAACGAAACAGUAGAAGAUACAACUACUUCCACUGGCUUGGUGAGGGGCAGUGAUGAUAUUCUUGUAUCUGGUAUAGUUCCAGAAUGUGAAGUUGGCCAUAUGUCACCCAGGGAAAAUGAAGAGUGUGAUGGCCUUAUGGCAUCUACAGCCAGUUGUGAUGUUUCCAACAAGGAAAGCUUAGCUGGGAGUAAAAGUCAGGGCAAUGGCUUGAUAAUUUCUACAAGUACCAAUGAUUGCACCCCUCAGAUAAGUGCGGUCAUAGAUGUGAGAGGAGGGCAUUCGUGUACUCUGAGCACUGAAGAAAAUAGGGACAACACCAGAGCGCACAUGGGAGGAUUUGAGGCUCCUAUGCCCAGUGCAAUUUCAGGUGAAAAGAGCCAGCUCACUGCUAGCAGAAGUGAAGAAAAGGACGAGUGUGCCAUGAUUUCCACAAGCAUAGGGGAAGAAUUCGAAGUUCCUAUUUCUAGUGCUGUUACUGUCACAUGUGCUGAAAGGCAACAGCCAGUUGCAGCAGUUGAGGAAAGCACUACAGGUCCAGCCUUGGUAAGCACCGAGGACUUUGAGGUGCCUAUGCCCAGUGCUCCCACUGAAACUGAAAUUCCUCUUGCUUCAACCAGCAAGGAAGAGAAGGAUGAAUGUGCUCUCAUUUCAACCAGCAUAGCAGAAGAGUGUGAAGCCUCUGUUUCUGGUGUAAGUGGAAAUGUGCCAUCUGUUACAGAUGGGAAUGCAGUCAUCUCUACAAGUUCAGUGGAAGACUGUGAAGGCUCUGUGUCUAGUGCUGUCCCUCAGGAGUCCAUCUGUCCCUCAGUUGUACCAGUAGAGGAGACAGGUGACACUGCCAUGAUUUCCACAAGUACCUCUGAAGGACGAGAAGCAGUCAUGGUUGGUACUAUCCCUACAGAUGAAGACCAGGCCACCACUGUAAAAGGGGAAGAUUUGGGCGAUGCCGCCAUUAUCUCCACCAGCACGGCAGAGUGUGUACUGACGUGCACUAGCCUAAGCAGACAUGAAGAGAAUCAGCAAGCCACACACAACCCAGAAGGCAAUGGUGGACAUUUAGCUACAAAGCAAAGUAAGUGUGAACUACCCAUGCCCAGCCUCAUGGCUGAGAGUAAUUGUAAGUGCCCAUUCACGAUGGGUACAGGAGUAGGUCCUUUAACGGCAGUAAGCACCAGGGGGGAGCAUGACAGGCUGCUAGUCUGUGAGCCCUCAGCAGUACAAGGCCAGCCAGGCAUUGCUUUGUGCAUAGGAGAGGAAGAAAGUCGUGGCAUGGACUGCCCUGGUCAAGACCUCAAUGCAAAAGAAAGGAAUACGUUGCUGAGCUCUGUUCAGAGGGAGAGCAAAAGUGCAGAGGCAGAGGCAGCACGGGACAGUAGCACAGCCAGGGGUAUAGCGAGAAAGGACUCGGAGAGGAAUGCAAACUCACUGUCUGAGACAAACUGUCCGAGAGGACCAGAACAGAACUCUGUUGAGGACUCCUCUGGCAGUAUUCACUGUCUGGCAGCAGUAAAUACUGGUGCUAAAACUGAUGCUAUGCUGCCCAUCACAGAUGCUGCAUUGGAGUAUCCUGACCAGCAGAAACCUGAGAACAACUUGAAAACUACCACCAAAUGUAUUACAGGCCAAGAGUCAAAAAUGUCUUCUUCCCACACAGCAGUCCUUCCAACUGUCUGCCAUGUAGCUCCAUCUGCUUCAAAACAGGAGGGAGGCUUGCCUACAAAAAAUGAUCACUGUAGCACAUGGACUAGUGAAGGGUCUGCUGAGAAAAUGGGACAUGUUGCUGGUGCAAGGCAGUCAUUCCACAGGGAAGGAAACCUUGAUGUCACUCGUCCUCCUGAGGAUAAUGGGUGUGGCAUAGUUUCAUUAGGCAAUGAAGAAUCACCACCAAAGGGUAUAAAAGGACUGGAACUGUCAGCUGGCUUAACAACUGAGAUAUCUGUGAGUUCAGAGGAAGAUACAAAUCAUGGAGUUGUAGCAGCACCCGAGAACCCAUGUGUUGGAAGGCCGAGUGGGGCAGUUGAACCACAGAUGGAAGCUUUACUGAUGAAUGAAUCACUAAAUGUUGAAAAUUCAGAGUCAAGAAUCAAUGAAGAAAUUCAUUAUGAAUCUCGAAACAAAGAAGGCUGUGGUAGAAAAGACAGCACGGAAGCUCUGAGCAGUUGCAGUGUUGAAGCAGAUCCUGAAGAGGUGUGUUCCCUAGUUCACGUUGAAGAGGAAAAAAGGCACAUAUCUGAAAGAAACAGAAAGCAGGAUUACUCCUCCUCAGAAGAAGAACUAGAUGACAGCCCAGAUGUCCUGGAUUCCAGAAUAGAAACAGCACACAGGCAGUAUUCUGAGACUGAGCCACAUGACACAAAGGAAGAGAACUCUGGAGAUCUGGAGGAAUUCUUCUCAGUUACUUCAAAGACAAACAGCAGCACUGCCCUGGAAGACAGAGAUGAAUGUAGCAGCAGUGAGGGUACCAGUGAAAGGACUGAGGCAAAUGAAGAUGACAGCAGCAUCAAGUCACAGGAGGAUGAUCAGCCAAUAAUUAAAAGGAAAAGAGGAAGACCUCGCAAAUACCCUGCAGAAACAGACCCUAAAUCAAAAGAAGACUCCAAAAUAGAGACUGACAUAACCACUGUAGAGCAAUCUCCACCUAGUGGGAAACUGAAAGUCAGCCAAGCAGAUGAGUCCAAUAAAGAAACAACCAACUUACAAGAAAAAAGUACAAGCAAUGAUGAUAGUGAAGAAAAAUUAGCAAGUAUGCGUCGGAGGGGAAGAAAGCCCAAACGCUCACUGACGUCAUCAGAUGAUGCUGAAUCCUCAGAGCCAGAAAGAAAGCGCCAGAAAUCAGUUUCUGAAACAUCUGAGGACAAAAAAGAUCAGGAGUCUGAUGAGGAAGAGGAAGAAGAGGAGGAGGAGGAGGAAGAGGAGGAGGAGCCCUUGGGAGCCACCACAAGAUCAGCCAGCAGAUCAGAGGCACAGAGAAAGAAUCAUAGCAAGCCAUCUACACGUGCAACAUCCAAACUUGGCAUCCCAGAAACAGUUUCUCCUAGAAAUCGCCAAAAGUUAGCAAAAGAGAAGUUAUCUACCAGCGAAAAAGUUAGUAAAUCUCCCCCAUUAGGAAGAUCAAAGGCACAGCUCUCCCCUUCUGUCAAGCGUAAGAGAGAAGUCAGCCCUCCUGGAGCUCGAACAAGAGGCCAGCAGAAAGUAGAUGAAAACCCUCUGAAAAAGGCAAAGCGGUAAUGGUGGCUCUGGCUUUCUGAAUAACAACCCAGUGGAGAGAAAAUGGACAAGCCUUGCCCCGUGGGCUUUUUCUUUUUUAAAAAACAAGAAAGGAUCUGCAUGUGCUGUAACUUUCUAGGUUCGAGCUUGUUCAUUUUAUGUUUUAAACAGCGUUAUAUACCAUUGUUCAUGGACGGUAUUAUGUACAUUCACUUCAGAUAAAGAAAGAUAAGUUUACUUUGUAUCUGAACUCAGCAAAGUAGCUGUCUAUUUUAACAGUGGAAAUUGGGGUUUCCAAUUUGACACGUCAAGAAUGCAAUCCUUCCAGCCCAUCAGACACCAGGCUGCCCGUGGGAUCUGUGUAUAGUAUAUAAACAUGUAAAAACAGGCUGUAUUUUACUCAAUGUAUGAUGCUAAUCAAUGAACACUUUAUUUAUUUUACAAAGAAAUCUUAUCUGUGAACUUUACUAUAUAUCUGUUUAUUUUAUUUUAUUAUUUUUUUUUAAUAAAAAGAGGGUUUUAAAUGCUAUGCAGUCAUUAGUAGAAGAGUUCUAGAACUCCGAGUGCCCUGUAACUAUCUGCAUAUGGCCUGGCAGGAAACAGAAAUUCACGCAUGCAUCCAAGUAAAGUAGGUUAGCUGAAGAAAGGAUUCCGCUGCUUCCGUCCACGGCCAUGACUGUUUGUCUUUGGAUUAUCCUUGCCCCUGUGGCUGUACUGCCAGCCCCAUAACGUAAGUUACCUGAUUCAGGUAAAGUCUUUUUCUCUGUGUCCACCCCAAGCCUCUGCCACCAUCGCCAUACUGUCAGUAAAGAGAACUGCUUGAAGGUGAGAUUACUCCAAGAUAUUCAGCUUCAGGAUGUCAUGUUUUAUACAGUUAUGUCAGGAUAGAAACUGGUUUUAUAGCCAGAUUCUUUUUAAAACAUGAUUUAACUCACAUAAUGAACAAACUGUCUGACUUAAGUUUUUCAUAAAAAUAACGUUUUCUUAAGAUUGGAUCUGUUUCUUGCAAUGAUAUGAAGAGUUGCCAAAUGAUUGAGGUUUUAAAUGCUCUGUUCAUACUCUUGUUUUAUAAUUAAAAUUUACAUUCAUUA